AUGCAAGCUGCUGCCUGUUGCCUGACUGCCCACGGGCUCCGGGUGCCGGUGGCCAGUGCCUGCCCACCCCAGGGGCUGGAGCAAGGGGCAAGAACCCUUCCUCUCUGGAGACCUUGGCUGCCCCGAGCCCAGGAGGGACCCGCGCCGCGGCAGGAGGAGAUGGACGCUCUGAGGGGCAGGGGAGGGGGGAGUUGCUGGGUCUGUGGCACCCCGGUGCCAGCCCGUGCAGCGGGAGCUCGGUACCACCUGGCUGUGUCUCCCCAGGCUCGGGCUCGGGCAGCGGAGGGGCACGGCGGUCCCAGCAAAGCGCUGGCGUUCUUCCAGCACCCGGUCAGGCUCCUCUGGCCCAAGUCCAAGGCCUUUGACCACCUGUACAGCGUGGGGGAGAAGCUGCUGGAAAACUUCCCGGUGCAGGCCACCCUCUUCUUUUAUGAGGACUCGGGCAGCGAGGAGGAGGAGGACGAGGAGGAAGAAGAAGAGAGAGAGGAUGAAGAGGUGGAGGCGACAGGGGAUGUGACCGCGGGGCACCCGCGGAAUGCUGACAGCCUCGGCCCCAGCGGGCCGGCGUGAGGCAACAGGCAGGGAA